UCUCUCCCCCAAAAAUAAUAAUGUUGAAGAGAUGUUUUAAUUGCUUUGGUGGUGAACAAAGAUUAGAGAUCAGAGGUCAGAUCAAGAACAGGGAUUAUCCAUGGGAUAUUUACACAUUAAAAGAGCUUGUUAACGCAACAAACAAUUUCCAUAAUGAUAACAAGAUUGGUGAAGGAGGGUUUGGAAGUGUUUAUUGGGGUCAAACAAGUAAAGGCAUCGAGAUAGCAGUUAAAAGGUUAAAGGCAAUGAGUGCAAAAGCAGAAAUGGAGUUUGCAAUAGAAGUGGAGAUACUUGGAAGGGUGAGACAUAAGAAUUUAUUAGGUCUACGAGGAUUUUAUGCGGGGGAGGAUGAAAGGCUUAUUGUUUAUGAUUAUAUGCCUAAUCAUAGCUUGAUCACUCAUUUGCAUGGAACACUUUCUGCUGAUUGUCUUCUUGAUUGGCCACGAAGAAUGAGGAUUGCUAUUGGAUCUGCCGAGGGAUUAUGUUACUUGCACCAUGAAGCAAAUCCUCAUAUCAUACAUAGAGACAUAAAGGCAAGCAAUGUCCUUUUAGAUUCAAAUUUCCAAGCAAAAGUGGCAGAUUUUGGAUUUGCUAAGUUGAUACCUGAUGGUGUCACACAUCUAACAACAAGGGUUAAAGGAACCCUGGGCUACUUAGCUCCGGAAUACGCCAUGUGGGGAAAAGUCUCUGAGAGUUGUGAUGUUUAUAGUUUUGGAAUAUUACUUCUUGAAAUAAUUAGCGGUCGAAAACCCUUAGAAAAACUUCCGAAUGGUGUCAAACGUGACAUUGUGCAAUGGGCUCUUCCCUAUCUACAAAAAGGUGAUUUUAAUCACAUUGCUGACCCUAGGCUCAAAGGAAAGUUCAUUCGUGAUCAAUUGAAGAACACAAUCUUGAUUGCCAUCAAGUGUACUGAUGGCAAUCCUGAAAAUAGGCCAAGUAUGUUGGAAGUGGUGGAUUGGCUUAAGAGUAGUGUUGUGGACAAGAGGAAAAAAGAGAUCAAAAUAGUGAAGAGUAGUACUACAAAUGUUGAUGAAAAUGAGAACAAUGACUAUGUUAAUGAUGAUGAGGCAGACAAUGAAGGUUAUACUAAGAGAAAAAAUAAGCCAAGAUUACCAAUUUCUGAAUCGAAGAUGAGGAAAUAA